AUGGACACCGACCUCCGCCCCAUAACGCAACCGGAAUCCCCCUCCCUCCACCCGGCCCUGUGCAGCACCAGCCCCGAAUGCAUCGCCUGGCUGCUCGCGCCCGAGAUCAGCUGGUCGAUCCAGGCGGGCGGGCCGGGCCGGGCGGCGCGGCGGCGGCUGCGGCGCCUCAUGCACCACCGCGACGCCGGCCACGACGGCGCCCACGACGACGACGUCGACGCCCGCUCGACCGCCUCGCGCGUCUGCGCCGCCGACGGCCUGCGCCGCCCCGUGCUGCUGCGCAACGCCUGCCGCCACGUCUACGGCGGCGUCCCGUGCGGCACGCCGUGGCCGCUCGGCGCGACCGGCCUCUUGAAGCGCGAGCCGCCGCCGCCGCCGCCCGGCGCCAAGGGGCUGAAGGUCCGGGGCGUCGUCCGCCGCGCGCCGUGGCAUGAUGGUGAUGGUCAUGGUGAUGGUGCAGAUGCGGGUGCGGAUGCGGAGGAGCUGCGCUCGCGGACGUACUACGCGCCGGAGCCGACGAAGAUGAGUCGGGAUGUGUGGACGAUGGAGGAGGAGGAGGAGGAGGAGGAGGAGGAGGAGAGCGGGGAUGAUGAUGGUGGUGGUGGAGUGCUCGAGGCUUCUUCGCCCUCGGCGGGCGCGCCGGCAGAUGGUCAGGGGACGACGUCGUUGACGAAUGGUUCGUGGUUCCAGGAGACCGACCUGUAG